AUGGCCAAUACAACUGGCCAAGGCGACUUCACCCCCAUGACACAAACCAACCAGAACGAUUCAUGCACAUCAUGGAAUUCAGCCAAUGUCUCUCGACGCCUGCAGCCUCAACCGAAUCUUCAAGCGAUGGAGCAAACCGACUCGCGCAACACUGUCGUCCAAGACGACCAGCUAGACAACAGCAUAUCCGAGUCUCCAGACACUGCUCCCUUGACGAAUCCACUAUCGACAGGGCCGUCGACCUUUAUGCUGUCCGACACAGGAAAGACGUUCUACUUGGGGCAUUCGUCCAACUGGUCCUUCACCCGACGCAUCUUGAGCAUCACCUACGAGCACGUGCACCGGGUUUCUCUGCCAUCCACGGCACUCAUGUUCGACGGCAAAGUCUACAUGUUGGACUGGUCCAGCGCCUCGGCUCAACCGGUGCUGCCCAAUCUCGACUACGCCAUCCACCUGAUUAACAAUGUCAAGUUUCACUGCUCGCCAAUGUACCACUUGUUCGACGAGGACGUCUUCCUCAACAGCCUGCACGCGCACUACCGAGGGGACCAGACGCCACGCGGCCUCGUCCAGCAACUAUGGUUCAUCCAGUUCAUGCUGAUACUCGCGUUCGGGAAAGCCCUCACCUCCAAGUCGAGCAGAAACAACCAGCCCCCCGGCGCGAGCUUCUUCACGCACGCCAUUCACCUCCUGCCCAACAUGGCGGUUCUCUGGGACGAGCCCGUGCAGGCUGCCGAGAUUCUGUGCUGUAUAGCCCUGUACCUCCAUUGCAUCGAGCACCGUGGCUCUGCGUACAACUAUAUUGGGCAAGCCGUACGGCUGGCAAUGAGCCAUGGCCUCCACACGAAUCUAAGCUCGCACCACGUUGAGAACGCGCUGGUUCCGCGAUGCCGCAGAAUCUGGUGGACGAUUCUCGUUCUCGACCGACAAAUGACGUAUCUGAUGGGCCUGUCGCAGUCGAUCCGGGACGACGACGUGACGGCGCCGCUGCCAGAGUUUGAAGGCGACGGCUUCCGCACCGCCGCGUUUGCCAUGCGGACCAGGCUGUCGCAUUUCAUUGCGACCAUCGACAGAGCGAUAUACGGGCCCGACGGGCGGCUGAGCAGCAAUUUCCUCCUCCGGACAAAGGAUACGCUGGCGAGCAUGGCAGGGCUCCCGGACGAGCUGCACCGGCAGUUUCCCCUGGAUCUGAAUAGCAAGAGAGUCGGGGUGUCGCGGUUGUCGGCGCAUAUUCACCUGCUUUUUCACCAGUGUAUUAUUCUCGCGACACGGCCGGUGUUGUUCUGCUUCUACAAGAUCCGUCUUGAGACGCCACGCUUGUAUCGGCAUAUUUUCAAUUCCUCACACGCCGUCGAGAGUCUGCUGCGCAUGUGUCUCGACUCGUCGCAGCACGUAAUUUCCAUCCUGGAGUGCCUCCAGGGCGAGGGCCUCAUUGAGACAUUUCUUUCGUACGAUCUCGAGGCACUCUUUAUUUCCAUGACGAAUCUCCUCGCGGCGCCGGUUCUGUACCAAGACUCGGGUUCGGCCUGGACGUCGUGGCGUCAACGAGCGUACGCGAUCCUGGGCGAGAUAUCCAAGUGCGGCAAUCUGAUUGCGCAGUAUCAGCAGUCUGAGCUGCGGCACCUCGAACAAAUGAUUGACGGGCUCUGCAUGGCGGAGACAAUAGAGCCCGCGCAGCCAUCUCGCGAGGAUGGUACUGAUGUGUCGGCCGUGGCGGAUGUUGGUCCCCUGGGAUUUUCUGUCGCCGAAGAUGCUUUGCCUAGCCCUGCGGCUGACGAUGUGCUGGAUGGGAAUUACAUUGGAGCUGGGUUUUCCACGGCCCAGAUCAUGGACAUGGUGAAUUCUAUCGAUACGGAGCAUGGCGAGUGGAUGUCGCAGGCGUUGUUCGAGGCAUAG